AUGACGCUGCUGGAGGAGGAGACAAAGCCACCACUAAAAGAACUCAGCGCUGCAAUUAAGGUAAGUAUUUUAAAGGGUUUUCAACACUUGUGGGGGGUUGUAUUCAUAAUGCUAUAGUGUUCCUUUAAGCCGUAUAUGUCUUUCCAUAUAAUUAGUUGUAAUGAUGCUUAUGCCCCUAUGGGAACUGCAUGCAUCUAGUUUAUCAUUUUAUCUUAUUGUUUAUCGUGCUUAGAGUCCCCUUUUGCUGUCCCUCUGUGAUAAACAGACUCUAGUCACCAGAUCCACUACAACUUAAAGGGAAUCUAAAGCCAUCAGAAUCACUAUAGCUUAUAGUGGUCAUGAUGUGUAUUGCAUGUCCCUGCAGUCUUAACUCUGUAAACGAUGCCUUUUCAGAGGAAAGGUAGCAUUUACAUUGCUGCCUAUUAACACCUCUCGUAGCAGUCAUUCAGAUGGCUCCUAGUCCAGUGUUGAAUUUACGUGCAACGUCUCCAUGCUUUGCAUGGAGUUGCUGAACGCUUCCCCUAGAGAUGCAUUGAUUCAGUGCUUCUCUAUGAGGAGGUGCUGAUUGUCGCAGCAUGACACUUUUGGAGCACAUGCACAGUAGCCUCCCAAUGCUUUUCUAUGGGAAAGCAUUAAAUUGGUUGCGAUCAUCAAGAUUGGUCAUCUUCAUCGAAGGGGAGGGCAAGCCGGGGCAAGACUGGUGCAGCGUUAGAGAAAAGGUACGUUUAACACCUUUUUACACCACAGAGAGGGAGACUGGAAACCUAAAUAUGUAUUCUAGCACCAUAGUGUUAGGAAUACAUGUUUGUAUCUUCUAAUGUUGUUUUGGGGCAUGUAGCCUGGCUCAGCAUUGUAAAACACUACCUUUUAUAAGAAAAAGUAGCAUGUACAUUGCUGCCGAAGGCCACCACUAUUGGUUCUCAUUCCAACAGCUUCUGUAGGGAAAGAGGCAAAGCUUGCAGGACCAACAAGAGGCUGAAUGCUCCCCAUAGAGAUGCAUUGAUUAAUUGUAGCUCAAAGAGAUGCUGCUUGUUACGGCGAUUUUCCACAUAAGCACACUAGUCUCAUGUCCGUUGAUUAGCUGAAAUUAUAUUAUAUUGAUGAUCUCGUGCAGGGUUGUUGCGGCAAGACCGGCACAUCAAAGGCUAAAAGGAAAAUCAAACCUCUUUUCUCUGUGCGGGAGUGGGGGGACAAACAUCUUAAUGGUUUGUGGAACACUAUGGCAUUAGGGAUAUAUUUUUGUAUUCCUCACUUUAUAGUGUUUCUUCUAAACCAUUUUGAGCAAUAUCAAACUGAAUAAAAGUCUUUCUCUGCCCAGACCAGGACCAGGCCCCCACUGGGGUUACAACAAGGCAGAGAUUACAUUUUCAUAAACCAUACCAAUUUAUACCAUCAAAGGGUGGCUGUGAUUAGCUGAAAGCAGUAAGUUGACAUUCUAAACCAAUCAGGUAGUGCCCAUUGAUGUUCAAGCUACUGCUUUCUCAUUAACUUGAGUCACACAGAAGAAAUGGGUUGUUGAGGACUGUCUUUCAGCAUUAAAACAUCAAAAAUUGUUCAACAGUAAACAGAAGGAUGGCACACAUUGAUAAGUAGCAGUUAUAAUGCCUACAGUGUCCCUAUGCCAGUGUGUAGCAACAGCAUUAGCAUUGACAGACAAAGUAUGGUCAUACAAUACCAUUGUUGUGCACCACAGUUAUUAGAUUCUUCUGAAUAGCCAUGGCUGAGGAAAAUAUAGUCACCUGAGCUGUAUCAGAGUUUCUUUUACACCUGUCUUAUCUAUAUGUACCUCUGUAUUGUUAUAGUAAGGGCUUUAUGAUUGAGAAGUUGGAAGCCUGUCUCUCAGUUCUUUCUUCUGCAGAGGUAACAUGUCCCCGUUUACUUGCAGAAGCUUGUAAUGUUGGUUACUGUGAGGGGUUCCCCAGUGCCCCGACUGAGCACACCCAUCUGAACAGCUUCUUCCCGCCAGCCAAACCACAGAUGUCAGCCUGUUCCCGAAGGUUCAGUCAGCUAACACCUCUCCACCAAGAACAUCAGACCCACACAGCUUGAGGGUAGAACAGGAACUAAAUCACCCCUGAUUAACUAGAUUAAUGGGACCAUCCAGAUUGUCCACUUAAUGUGAACCACUCUUGUAUCAUCGUUAUGAUUAUAAACAAUAUAACAUAUACCAAGUAACUAUUUAAUGGUGUCAUAUAAAGUAUCCUUCACUUUCUCCCAAUCGUAUUCCACAUUGUCACACAGUAACAGUAGCUUUGGGGGUCCUCUUAAACUCCCAUCCAGCAUACUACAUGCACGUCCUUAGAUGAAUGUAUCCCGAUGCAUUAGAUCGGAGAAGAACGUGACUUAGACAUCGCUGUCACUCACAACGAUGUCAUCCGCCCCCGCCCCUCCCCAUACGCUCACGUGGGAUCCAGCGUCACGGAUGACGUGAGGACUAUCCCGAACGUCAUCCGUGACGAUUCGUUGUGGGCGGCAAUAGGGAAUCCCCCCUGAUGAUUGGCUCCCAGAUCAUUUAAAAGUCCCGGCUUUUCUAGCCGGCGUUUCCUCAGCCCCUGACGAAGGUGGUGUUAUACACCGAAACGCGCGUCGGGCCACCGACAUGCUUUGACUUCAUUUAUUUUCAUUUUUUGUUUUUUACGUACACCAAUGGGUUAGGCACGAUAAGGAUGUACACUUAAAGUAACUUUAUUUCUUUUCUAUCUACUUUCAGCCAGUGGGGAUCCUGUAGCAUUAGGCAGUGGGCGAUACCCUUUUAGACUGAGCAUUUAGAUCAGAACACCCACGAAGGUGUCUUACAGAGCUUAGGGAUUUAUUUGGAGGCUUCCAUACCUAACAAUAGGCAGUGGACGAUCACUCCUCAGAGUGAGCAUUUAGAUUAGAACACCCACGAAGGUGUUUCACAGAGCUUAGGGACCCCUUCUUUUGAGGCUCUUAUACUUAGUGUACCAGGGAGGGUGUUUACUUUCCCCCCCUUCCUCUUUUGCCCUACUAUCCCUUUUCCUCCAUUUCCACUCUCAAUAGGGAUCACUGCUCCUCUAUCAUUCUACCAGCAGUUUCCAACCCUAUAUUUUGUCCUUAAUACGAUUUAGUCACAUUUAUUAUAUCUACUUUGGAUGAGUACAUUUAGACUGCAGCCUUAUCUCUACUAUUCACAAGUUUCAUAGAAGGGAUUUAGAAUAGAGCUUCCUCCCUUUUGUAUUGCCUCUAGGGGGCACUUUUGGCUAGCUUUACCUUAUUACCGAAUAAAGAUUUUUUUAUUUUCAAUUUCUAAUCUAGCCCAAUUAGAAUAUUUAAGGGUAUCUCGUUAAACAGUCAUGUUGUGAUGUUCCGGACCCUGUUUCUCUUCCCUUCUAUUAGAUCCCCAGACUGGCUAUUCUUAUUUCUGUACUGGUAUCUCAUAUUUGUCCAUUUAUUAUCCUUGUCAGCAUUUCAAGAUCUCCCCAGGUGGAGAUCUUAUUCAUUAUUUUGUAAAUCAUUAGGGUACAAGCCCUUGGUGGAGCUGACCACACCAGCUGACCACAAGGCUUUGCGCUGCCCCUUACGCCCCGCUGUUCAACUAUUGGGGUGUUCUGGCAGGACAAAGCAUCUAAGCUUGCUAUAUUAUAAUUAGAACAGGAACUAGCCCAAGGUAUUUGUAUACAAGUAAACUCAUUAGUAAACACACAAAGGUUUGGAACAGCAACCAAUCAAACUGGGCCUUAACAAACAGCCAAUCACACUAAGCCCAUUAAUAACCAAUAAGACACACCAUCUCAGAACACCUACUUUGCAUACACAGUAAAACAUUAUGCAUUAGGUAAACGGAUAAACACACAGUCAACAAUAGGUGACUCAGCUCCUUGAGUGACAAAGAGAAAAGUCCUAUCCCCCACCCACGUGAUCACACAGUCUCUGGUUCCGCACCAUCUUGUUUUUCCAUAUUGUGGCUAGGUCUAAGUCUGUGCAGUCUAAAUUGCUGCUCCACACCAGAGUCCACCCAAACAAAGGAGCCCUUGAUGCCCAAGUGACGGCGUACCAGCGUUCCGUCACAGUUACCACAUGUCAUUCCCAGCUAUUAGUUAAAUUUGUGAAAUAAUAAAACUGAAACCUCCAGUUUUAGCUUUGCCAUGUCUAUUUAAUCAUAGUGUGUGUAACAUCAUUGGAUUACUUUCUUAUAGCAGGCACUUAUAUUAAAAGUGAUCCUGGAGAUUCCUGAGGUUUCACGCGCUAAAGUUAUGCCGUGAUCAGUAGACUGAUCUCCCUCUAAACGUGUUUUAAUUUUUUCUGAGACAGCUGAGUAACACUAAAGAUGGUUUAUUUGAGUUAGAGCAAUUAGUAAAAUUCUCUUCUCCUCAUUUAAUAGACAUUGGCCAUGUGUAGGGUAACAAUGACUUAAUGGAACCUGUAUCUCAGUCAUUCUCUUCCAUAUUUUGCCUCUCUGGCUUCGAGAAGCCUAUUUUAUACCAAUGCCUUGUUGUCUUAACCUAAAUACUAUCUGAAAAACAUGAAUCCUUUUACUAGCUAUUUGGUUUAAGGGGUUUUCAUCUAUGCUUACCUGUCAUUUUGGCUUUCACUAUUGUGCUAUCACAGCAAAACAAAGGUGUGCUCUCUUUGGUAGCCUCCUAAGUUCUGGAGAUGCUACUUGGGUUUUUCUACAGUAUACUCUGCACAUAUUGACUAUAUUUUUCCAUCGCAGAUUUAAUUCUCUAACUUUUGUUUUUCCCUGAUGCAGUGUUUGUUAUCCAAGAUUGCCCUUAUUUUGUUAUGAAAAGUACUGUAUUUGCUAGAAUUUAAGCUCAUGGGCAAUGUCUUUUAUUAUUUUUGUAUAAGUAAGUGCUUAUUAUUUGUCUUUAUUCCUUCUAUGGUACAGCUUUGUGAAAUAUGUUGGCGCUAUAUAAAAGCCAAAUAGUAAUAUCCAGAUCAUCAUCCCUUUCUGAAUAUGUGGGGUGAGGAUGCUGUGUCGAGUUUGGUGUGCACAUUGUACUGUAUUCCAGGGGUCUGACCUUGGUAAAUUACCCUUGCCAUUCUGUAGCUUGAAUAUGGUACUUGUAGCCUUUACAUGUCUACAUUUACAUUUCUGGAUUAUUGUCUCUAGUUCCCACCUUUGGCCUAAUAUUUACUUUUUGAGACUUUGAAAGAUAUUUUUCCUGUCCUGUCUGCUGAGAGUCAGAUCUAACCCAUUUGUGCAUGAUGCCGUGGAUAGUAGUUGGGGAAACAAAAAUUACACUAAGCAUGUGUCCAUAACAGUGACUCCCAACAGGGAAAAUCCUUUUCAGCCUUUGACAUUGGUGAGCAAGUUUAACUAAUACAAUUGCUGCUUAUAGUGUUUGUGGUUUGUUUCAUUUGUCAGGAUGUGAUUGUUAUUGAAUGUAUCUUCUUUUUUUAUAUAAAUCAGGUAAAUUUUAUUUAUUAUAAUCUCUUGUUUUACUUACCAGGUGUAUGCUUGGGGCUACAACAAUUCUGGCCAAGUUGGCUCAGGGUCCACUGCCAAUCAGCCAAUACCUAGGAAAGUCACCAGUUGUUUACAGAACAAAAUAGUAACUGGAAUUGCUUGUGGCCAAAUGAGUUCAAUGGCAGUCGUGGACAAUGGAGAGGUAGACGUACUUUCUUAAAUUCUGGAUUUUUUUUCAUAUGUGCCUUAAAUUAAUGACUUUAGAAAACCAUUAAAUGCAUUGACCAUGUCAUGCCAUUUACUUUGUUUCCGAUUAUUUAAAUAAGGACUUAAAAAAAGAAAAUUACGAAGACCCCUGCAUGCUCUUUCUUUGGAAAUAUAUGUAUCUUUUUAACAAAUUGUUAUGUUUAUAUAUUUAUAUUUUAAAUUGGUCAGAUUUUGUUUAGCCUCUUUUUUUCUGUUGCUAUGUUUAAGGCUCACUCUAGGUGUAUAACAGUAGGUGUCACUAUGCAUCACAUAUACGAUUUGUUUCCCUCUUAUCUUCCAUUGUCUAGCUGUAAAUACCAUCUGGAGACCCCAAGUAUAGAAAGUCUAUUCUUUCAUAGUACAUUGUUGAUAAUUGUAUCUUUUUUUGCUGUGUCUUUGAAGGUAUAUGCAUGGGGUUAUAAUGGAAAUGGUCAGCUCGGUUUAGGCAGCAGUGGUAACCAGCCAACGCCAUGUAGAAUUGCAGCUCUUCAAGGCAUUCGUGUGGAACAGGUGAGUUUACAUAUUGGUGAAUACACUGUAGAUAUUGACAGAUGUCAUCGGACUGAUUGCUUGUUUUCCACAAUUAGAACCAUUUUUACAUGUAAAGAUUUUUUUUUCACUUUCACGUUUGCGCAGAUUUGUUCUCCUGUAAAUUGCAUAAAUAAAGACAAAAACUAUUUUCAAUUCAGUAUCUUUUAUUUCCUUAACCUCAAAUAGGUUGUGUGUGGCUAUGCCCACACAUUGGCAUUAACAGAUGAAGGUGGAAUAUAUGGCUGGGGAGCCAACUCUUAUGGCCAGCUGGGCACAGGGAAUAAAAGUAACCAGUCAUACCCUGUUCAAGUAUCUGUAGACAAAGAAAGGUAA